AAGGUGACUGGCCGCCUCAUGCUGGCCGUGGGAGGGGCAGUGCUCGGAUCCCUGCAGUUUGGCUAUAACACUGGCGUCAUCAAUGCCCCCCAGAAGGUAAUUGAGGAGUUCUACAACCAGACAUGGGUCCACCGCUAUGGAGAGCCCAUUGUGCCCACCACACUCACCACGCUCUGGUCCCUCUCGGUGGCCAUCUUCUCCGUCGGGGGCAUGAUUGGUUCCUUUUCUGUGGGCCUCUUUGUUAAUCGCUUUGGCAGGCGGAACUCCAUGCUGAUGAUGAACCUAUUGGCCUUUGUGUCUGCUGUGCUCAUGGGCUUCUCCAAACUGGGCAAGUCUUUUGAGAUGCUGAUCCUGGGCCGCUUCAUCAUUGGAGUGUACUGUGGCCUGACCACUGGCUUUGUGCCCAUGUAUGUGGGAGAGGUGUCACCCACAGCUCUUCGUGGAGCCCUAGGCACGCUGCACCAGCUGGGCAUCGUCGUUGGCAUCCUUAUUGCCCAGGUGUUCGGCCUGGACUCCAUUAUGGGCAAUGCAGACUUGUGGCCUCUGCUGCUCAGUAUCAUCUUCGUCCCAGCCCUGCUACAGUGCAUCCUGUUGCCCUUCUGCCCCGAGAGCCCCCGCUUCCUGCUCAUCAAUCGCAACGAGGAAAACCGGGCCAAGAGUGUGCUGAAGAAGCUUCGAGGGACAGCCGAUGUGACCCGAGACCUGCAGGAGAUGAAAGAAGAGGGUCGGCAGAUGAUGAGGGAGAAGAAGGUCACCAUCCUGGAGCUGUUCCGCUCAGCCGCCUACCGCCAGCCCAUCCUCAUUGCUGUGGUGCUGCAGCUGUCCCAGCAGCUGUCGGGCAUCAAUGCUGUGUUCUAUUACUCAACGAGCAUCUUCGAGAAGGCAGGCGUGCAGCAGCCUGUGUAUGCCACCAUCGGCUCGGGUAUCGUCAACACAGCCUUCACUGUGGUGUCGCUGUUCGUGGUAGAGCGAGCUGGACGACGGACUCUGCACCUCAUUGGCCUGGCUGGCAUGGCAGGCUGUGCUGUACUCAUGACCAUCGCACUGGCCCUGCUGGAACAGCUGCCCUGGAUGUCCUAUCUGAGCAUCGUGGCCAUCUUUGGCUUUGUGGCCUUCUUUGAAGUAGGCCCUGGUCCCAUCCCAUGGUUCAUUGUGGCCGAGCUGUUCAGCCAGGGGCCUCGUCCUGCUGCUAUUGCUGUGGCUGGCUUCUCCAACUGGACCUCAAAUUUCAUCGUGGGCAUGUGCUUCCAGUAUGUGGAGCAACUGUGUGGCCCCUAUGUCUUCAUCAUCUUCACGGUGCUCCUGGUGCUGUUCUUCAUCUUCACCUACUUCAAAGUUCCUGAGACCAAAGGCCGGACCUUCGAUGAGAUCGCUUCUGGCUUCCGGCAGGGGGGUGCAAGCCAAAGUGACAAGACACCUGAGGAGCUGUUCCACCCUCUGGGGGCUGACUCCCAAGUGUGA